AUGAAUGCAAAAUCCGUGAAGCAGCAGCAGCAACGCAUUGUCAAUGCCAAACUUCAACAAAAAUGGCAACAAUACUACACCAACCUGGAGACGCCUAUUACCUGGAAUGAAUUCUGCAACUGGAUUCAUGCUAGGAUUAUCAAUCCUGACAAGGCAAACCAGGACUGCGAGUUGAAAUAUCAAGAACUAAAGCAAUCUGAGGGCCAAACUAUACAUGACUUUGUAUCUACUCUUCAGUCGAUUGAAGAGGAUCUCCGCAAGAAGUAUACUCAUUAUCAUCGAAAGAUACAUAUAUUUGAUAAGAUCCUACCCUCUUUCCGUGCAGGGUUUGAGAGAUAUGCAGUCAAGCUAGAUGACCUCUCCUACGAUGGUUUCAUCAUGAGACUGGGCAUCAUAGAAAGCAACAUCAAGAAAAUUACCACACCAUCGAGCGCAGCUGCGCAACAAAAGAGCGCUAGUCGCGGAAACAAUUCACAUGGUGUCGCGCCAGCCGCGCCCGAAAUGACGGCUGAAAACGCAAAGAGCGCUUCAACACCUGAUGCGAUGUCUACCAGAGCAUGA